AUGGGUUUUAAAAGAUUGUGUCAAAUACAAAUUGAGAAAGAUGCUAUCGAAGGUCUUCCUAACGACCUAUCAGUGUACUGGCACCAGUAUCCAAACAGUCUCGGCGUGGUCUUCUGUAAGCUGAAGGCUCUCAUCUCUGAAGCAGCAUCGUACGUGUCUGUGUUGACUAUAGUAGCGUUCACUCUCGAACGCUACCUGGCCAUCUGUCACCCCUUACACAUAUACGCUGUGGCCGGUCUGCGGCGAGCCUUACGGAUAGUACUCUCUCUGUGGGUGUUGUCUCUGUUGGCUGCAUCACCCUUCGCUCAUUACACUACAGUCAAUUAUCAUCAAUAUCCACCGAGUAAGUUGAUUAAGAUACUCGUACCUUGA